AUGGCCUCCAUGAAGCCAGGUGGACGGCGAGCGCCAGAGGCAACGAGUAGCGCAGCACCAGCCUCCGCAGCAAUCGUACGGGGGGGAGGAGAAGACGCCAGUCCUUCCACUGAAGACAGCAGCUCGACGGCGAGCAUGCCCAUAGUUGCCGCCGAUUUCUCCACGGCUCAUGUCUACGCAGGCGGAGAUUUCGAUACCCCUGCGCUGGCUGCAGCCGCAGCAGAAGACGCUGCUGACUCUCAGACAGCGCCAACAACGGCAACAAUGCAGCAGUCUCUGCCGCAGUUGCCUCAGCAACAGCGACUGGGAGUGAGUUUUUACAGUGGUCGUCAAGCCUGGGUAGCCGAAAUCAAGAGCAAAGGACGCCGACGUUUUCGAGUAUUCUCUGCAGCAAAGUAUGGCUUUGCGGCGGCUCAGCUGCUAGCGCUGCAGCAGCGGCAGCAGUGGGAGGCAGCGAAGGAAACAGGUGUCUUGGAGGAGCAGUUGGAGCGAAGCAGCAGCAGCCGCUGCUGUCCAGUCCAGUCUGGAGUGAAGGGAGUGUACUACGAUCGCGCUCGCAAGGGUUGGCGCGUGGUGUUGACGAGCAAGAAUAGGCAGAGGUCUCGCUUCUUCUUGUCGGCGAAGUUUGGUAGCGAAGAGGCUAAGCGAUUGGCCAUCCAGUGCAGACACCUCUGGCUGCAGCAAAUCAGCAGCGGCAGAGAAGGAGACGUCUUCAAGAACGCCAGGUCUGUAUCUACACCCAAGCACAGACUGUCGGCUGCCUCUGUUCUCCAAUCCGCAGCAUCUCUGGAGGAAGUUGCGGCGCGAGAUGAGGCAGAGAGCGCAGCUACAUCCAACGAGGAGGCCGCUUUGUCCUUCGCAAUCGUCUCCGCAGUCUCUCCACGAUGCGCAGCAGGUACAGCAGCCCCUCGUGUACCAGCAGGAUUAUUGGCUUGCAGCGUAGGUAAGCGCCGGAAAUUACGCCAGCAGCAACGCGCGUCAGCUGUCAUGGCGUCUUUUUCAGCAGCAACUUCCAACCCCGACCCUGAAGCAAACACGGCAACAGCGGCCGCAGCAAUAGGCGCAUGCGAUGUGCGUGGCGUGUAUCACGAUAUACGAAACAGUGCAUGGGCUGCUACGAUUGGCUUCAACGGCAAGACGCUUAAGCGCAGCUUUGCAGUGGGGAAGCACGGCUUUUCGGCUGCGCUGAAGCUCGCCAUACAGGCCAGGAAGAAGUUGGAGACUUUACGUGCACGCUGCAAUAGAGGUAGAGGCGACGGCGAAGCCUGCAACAGCAGCAGGGUGCAGAUUGGACAGCAGGCUGUAGAGGCGGCUGGGGUGAACCAGCACCAAUCACAAACGUCAACUUCUUCUUGUUUAGCUGGUGAGAAGGACGCAGUUUCCACUAUGCAGCAGCAAUUGCAGCAGCAGCAACUGCAGCAGCAGCUACAACAGCAGCAGCUACAACAGCAGCAGCUACAACAGCAGCUCGUACUUCAGCAGGCAGCUACAACAGCGGCAGCAGCCGCAGCAGUUGCUCAGCAUCGUAUGGCUAGGGAUUUAUCGUGUGCCGCGUCUGUAACGAGUUUUUCAGUAGCAGCAUCUGGAGCCGUUGCCGCAGCAGGAGGUGCAGGCAGUUCGGAAGUACCCAGUAGCACCAGCAUGAGCAUUCCAGGUGUUUCUCUUCAUGCAGGACCAGGAGCAACAAGGGCAGGAGCGAAGAAUUUAAUUUCGACUUUUCUCCCACUGCCCCCGUGUGGUAACCUAGAGACCGCUGGAAGCAGCAGCAACAGGGCGAACAGUGGCAGCUGCAACGCGUUGCUGGAAGGGCGAUUUGGACUGAAGUCCACUGUGGCAGAGGCUUUGACAGUGCUUCUGCACCAAAGCGACUUGCAAAGGGCCAUGCUGGGAAGCUCGAAGUUUCAGUGCACACAGCAGGAGCUGCUGCGGCAGCCCUUUUUGCUUCGUGAACAACAGUUGCUACUUCAGCAAUUUCAGCUUCAGCAGCAGCAGCAGCUAAUGGAUGGGCAGCUCAAGGACGAACAACAAGCGACAGUUCUUAGAGCAGCGGCAGCUGCCGCUGCCGCAGUAGGCCUUCCAGGUAUCACGACCACCCACUUGACAGAUUCUAAUGCUGCUGUAGAUGCCGUCACUGCUCUGCUGGUGCGCCCCUGCCCCCCCACAGUGGGUAAGCAGGAGGAGUUCAGAGAUGCAGGAGGAGAGGCAGCCGCGGAGCAGCGCUACCCAUUGGAUAAACGGAUGCCUGCCCCUCGUAGCUUAGUCCCAGUUGCAUCAGUAACAAAUAGCGGUCGCGAGUUUACAGCAGCAAAAGCAGCAACGGAUUAUGGGAAUACACGUAGAACAUGCCCACGACAGCCCAACCAGUUCUUCUGCAUAGAUCCUGCGUGA